GAAAAGAGUUGCGUCAGUUUAACGCUUCGAAACACAAACUUGAAGAAUAUAAAACCCUAGCUAGUUAGCGUUGUCUCCUUCACUCUCAUUCUCCAAACCGAACCAGUAUCCAUGGCUCUUCCGAAUCAGCAAACCGUUGAUUACCCUAAUUUCAAGCUCGUCAUCGUCGGUGACGGUGGCACAGGAAAAACAACCUUCGUGAAGAGGCAUCUCACCGGUGAAUUCGAGAAGAAAUAUGAACCUACCAUUGGUGUGGAGGUUCACCCUUUGGAUUUCUUCACAAACUGUGGUAAGAUCCGAUUCUACUGCUGGGAUACUGCUGGACAAGAGAAGUUUGGGGGUCUCAGAGAUGGUUACUAUAUCCAUGGGCAAUGUGCCAUUAUUAUGUUUGAUGUUACUGCCCGGCUGACAUACAAGAAUGUCCCUACCUGGCACCGUGAUCUUUGCAGGGUCUGUGAAAACAUCCCAAUUGUUCUCUGUGGGAACAAGGUUGAUGUGAAGAACAGGCAGGUCAAGGCAAAGCAGGUUACUUUCCAUCGGAAGAAGAACUUGCAGUACUAUGAGAUCUCAGCUAAGAGUAACUAUAACUUUGAGAAGCCUUUCCUGUACCUUGCCAGGAAACUUGCAGGCGAUCCCAACUUGCACUUUGUCGAAUCUCCCGCAUUGGCUCCACCUGAAGUUCAAAUUGAUUUAGCUGCACAACAACAGCAUGAGGCUGAGCUUGCUCAAGCUGCUAGUCAGCCCCUUCCUGAUGAUGAUGACGAUGCAUUUGAUUAAAGCAGGUGCGACUGGAUUGUCAUCUGAGGUUCUGGGUAUUGGCUAUGCUACAUUAUGUAUUUGGUGUUUAAUUUGACAUUUUUCGAUGUGGAUUUGAGGAUGUGAAAUCAAUCAUUUUGGAGGUGUUUUGCAUUAUUUGAAAACCUCAAUUGAAUUGAAAGCCGUAUCGAUAUUUUGCCAUGGGCAUUGUUUA